GGCACAGAAGUACGAGAAAGUCUGAUAGAAGGAUUUGUUUACUUGUAUUUGUUUUUGGUUUGGUCGAGAUUGAAGGUUAUUAUGGCAUCGCUUUUCAAGAAGAAGACGGUGGACGAUGUCAUCAAGGAGCAAAAUAAGGAGCUGAGAGGAACACAGAGGCAGAUCACGCGAGACCGAUCGGCACUGGAGAAACAGGAAAAACAACUGGAGAUGGAGAUCAAGAAGAUGGCCAAAUCGGGGAACAAGGACGCAUGUAAGAUCCUGGCCAAACAGCUGGUGCAGCUGAGAAAACAGAAGACCAGGACGUACGCCGUCAGCUCCAAAGUCACGUCCAUGUCCACUCAGACCAAACUCAUGCACUCGCAGAUGAAGAUGGCAGGAGCCAUGGGCGCCACCGCUAAAACGAUGCAGGCAGUCAAUAAGAAGAUGGAUCCUCAGAAGACUUUACAGACUAUGCAGAACUUCCAGAAAGAGAAUGCGAAGAUGGAGAUGACUGAAGAGAUGAUGAACGACACGCUGGACGACAUCUUCGAGGACUCGGGAGACGAGGAAGAAUCUCACGACAUUGUGAACCAGGUGCUGGAUGAGAUCGGCAUCGAGAUCUCGGGAAAGAUGGCCCACGCUCCCUCUGCUAACCGAACCAAGCCCGCCGCCGCCGCCUCCACCUCCAAAGCAGAUGGGAUAUCAGACGAGGAGAUAGAGCGACAGCUAAAAGCUCUCGGAGUGGACUAGCGCAGACGCGUACAUCUCUGAUUUGCCUGGCAACACACACACACACACACACACACACACACACACACACUACUGAACUCUCAGCCUUGACAUUUGCAGUCACAUAAACAUACCUACAUAAAGGGGAGGAAGCACCACAGCAGGAAAAUUCUAUUCGGUUGUUGUGGUAGGACUCGCCACUGUUUAAACUGUGUUGAAAAGAAAUAAAUAAAUAACUUGUACAUUUUUACA